AUGGCGAGCCAUCCCUACCACCUGCAACGUCUGGAGACGGCCGCUAACUUGAUGAUCAUGACGACACUGGUUGAUGACGGCACAACUUUAGACCUGCGUGAACUCUUCGGCUUGGCGGUCUUUGACGAUGACCUCCGAGCCUUCAGGAUUUGCGAGUACAGCGAGGAUGUUCACCUCUCCAGGACCGAGGCGUUGCUGCUGCAACUCCAACCCCGAAGCUGCUGCCAGCUUCUUCACAGCCCUGAGGCAGUGAAGAAGCUGCGCUCCGUGGCGGACUCCUGCGGCGUGGCGGUAGAGGAUGCCAAGCCGCAGCAGUCGAGGCAGGCGGAUCUGGAGCAGGAUCUGCUGCGGCUCCUGGCUGGGACGGAGCAGUGCGGCUUGGGGAAGCACCUCGAGGAGCAGCGGAAGAAGCAAGGAAUGAGGGCCCUAGCAGUGCUCAUCGCGCACCAGCAGCUCCUCAAUGAGCCGGCGAACUUCAACUCCUGUACCCUUGGACUCUACCCGCUGAGGAGUUUCAUGUUCUUGGACAAGGCGGCCUUCUCCGCGUUGAAUGUUCUUCCACGACCGGAAGAAAGCCAGAGGUCUGCCACAAACCUCCUCGGCUUUCUCAACAGGUGCCGUUCUCACAUUGGCCAACGCCGCCUGCGCCAGUGGCUAACGCAGCCCUUGACGGAUGCCAAGCGGAUCUCCCAGCGUCACGAUAUUGUGGAAGCGCUCCACGACGCCGAGCCGACACUGCGCGAGCUGGAGGGGAGCCUGCGGCUUGUGCCUGACCUGGAACGUCUUGCUGCCCGACUCCAUCGAACAUCUGCAGGGUCCAAGGGCCAGCAGGCCUCUUUGGAGGACCUUGUCUCGCUGUACCAAUGCGUGCAAGCGUCGGAGAAGAUGGUCGAGGUGCUUCAACACCACGACGGCCGCCACGCAGACAGCCUCCGCGAGACCGUCCUGGGACGUUUGUGCUCUGCCCUCUCGGACUUCGCCAACUUCCGUGCUCUGGUCGAGCAGACCAUCGACCUCAAGCAAGCGGAGUUGAGGAACUACUGCAUCAGCACGGCCUUCGACCCGUCCCUGAAGCAGCUGGCGAAGCAGCGUGACACCAUGAGGGAGCAGAUGGAGGAAGCCCGCGCCGAUGUGGAGAAGAAGCUGGGCCUUGGAGGCAACAAGGCCAAGGACGGGCGCCUGUCCUUGACCGAAUGUCCGGAGGGCUUGGCAUUGAGAGCCACGAAGAAGCAUCAGCAGGCCAUCCAGGCCUUCACGGGCAAGCCGACCCUGAAGGUCCUUUCCAUCAAGAAGCAGGAGGUGAUCUUUACCACUGCUGAGCUUGGAAAGCUGAACAAGCAGCUUCAGCAGGCAGUGGACGACUAUCAGAAGCAGACCGAUGCGCUCGUCAGCAAAGCGCUGAAGGUCGCAUCAACCUACUGCUCCGUGGUGGAGCGUCUUGCCGACGUCCUCGCUGACCUGGACGUCUUUGCUGCUCUUGCGCGCACGGCCCUGGCAGCGCCCUGCACCUUUGUGCGCGCGGAGGUUGACGAGACAGGUAAAGACUACGUCAUCGAUGGUGCUGUGCAUGUGCUGGUGGUGGCAAACUCCCAGCAAAGCUACGUCGCGAACGAUUUGGACAUGCACCGGGACACGCAGGGUCUCCAAGUAUCGGUCUAUGGAAGACUAGGCUUCGAUGCAGUCGACCCGUCGUCCAUGCACAUGACGUUCCUGUUCUUCGGUGAACAUGCUGGGAGGCUACCGGCACCGGCAUUGGAGACUUUGCAUGAGAGGCUUUGCAGAGAGCUGCUGGACGAGGGCUUGUCCACUCCCAUGGCCUUCAAAGGCUUUGAAAUCUUCGGGAAGAUGAAUGUGGUAGUGGCCACCUUCGAUGCUCCUCAAUCCAUGCUGGACUUGCGAGAUAGGGUUCUCCAAGCUUGUCUCAAGGACCCGUCCUUCCCGCCUGCGUUUAUCAAGCUGCUCAAGGAACAGGUCGAGUGGAUUCCGCACAUCACGCUUGGGAAGAUCCGCGCCACCCGGGCGCAGCUGUCCUCCGUCAGCUGUAGAAGGCUCCGUGCGUCGCUCAAAGCUGCACAGCCCAAGGGCCUGACGAUGCUGGGAGAGCGUCCGAAGAGAGCACGGCUGGAUUGGGACGCUGCCCUGGAAUUCUUGCCGCCGGGAGUGGCCGACUGCGAAUGA